UGGUGGGGCGCUCAUGUCAAACUCGAAGCGUCACGUCAGCUGUUUUCUGGUUAUGUGCGAGGUGUAGAGGUAGACAGGAAGUCAGCUGUUGUGUGUUUGAACUAAGAACUCGUCGACUAUGUCGGAAGCUGAAGCGACGACGUCCACCACAGACUCCAUGGAACCCGAGAAGAACACCGAAGAUUGUCUCGAGCCGGAGGCGAAACGUCGCAAAACCGCAGCCAUACAGGACGAAAAGAAGUACAGGCUCGAGGAGAGGCUGGGAGGAAUUCUCUGCUGCGCAGUUUGCCUCGACCUGCCCAAAGCCGCAGUUUACCAGUGCAGCAAUGGUCACUUGAUGUGUGCCGGAUGUUUCACACACGUCCUCGCCGAUGCCCGUUUGCGUGAUGAAACGUCGACAUGUCCAACUUGCCGCGUGGAAAUCAGCAAGACUUCGGCCACGAGAAAUUUGGCUGUUGAGAACGCCGUCUCGGAACUACCGUCUGAAUGUCAGUUCUGCAACAAGCAGUUCCCUAGGAAUUCCUUGGAAAAGCACGAAGACGAGGAAUGCGAGGACAGAAUUUCAGGUUGCAAGUACCACAGGAUCGGGUGUCCAUGGAGAGGACCUGUCCACGAAAGGGCUCAACAUGAAAAAGAAUGCGGACAUCCUCACAAAUCGGGGGCAGAAGUUAUGGAAGCUUUAGAGAUACUCGACCAGCAGUUGAUUGAAGAAAGGAAACUCUACAAGACAAUAUUUGAGUUGUUGGGUUACGAUAAAAUUACCUUUAACGAUAUUCAGUUGAAACCAUAUCGUACCGACGAUUUUGUCCAUCGAUUAUUUUAUGAAUCAUCGCGAUUUGCGACCUUCAAUAAUCAGUGGGUAGUCAAAGCGAAAAUUAGUGAUAAUCAGAAGGACCCCACACAAAGCUCAGAAAGAGAUAUGACUUUUCAGUUAAUCCUGAAAUCAAAAACAUCUACCCCAUUGAGUUUAAGUUACAUAGUCCUACGAGGUCCCGUUGGGGACGUUAAAAUAAAUCCCCGAGUCUACAAUUUCGACUUCACAGAACAAGAAACUGAAACUCCCUAUGAACAUUUUCCCCUACCAGAUACAGCUGAAUGUAAUCGUUUAUUAGCAGCAAAAACAAUUAAUUUCAGGUUAAUCAUGUUUUUGGCCUCAAAAUAAGUUAUUUUUGCAUCGUCGCACCUAAAAUUCUAGUUCGUUUUUACUUAUUCUGACACUCAUUUUUUUUUCCUUUUUGGUUGAAUAUACUGGAAUGUCUAUUUAAAAAAGUUUGUAUUUUGAUUAAGUUUAGUUGAAGAUCUCUAUAGAGUUUAGGAAUUUUUAUAUUUAGAUCUUUAUACAAAUUUUAGAUUUUUGGAUUUGUAAAAUGUUUUUCGUUUUACAAUAACAUUUGUUUCGUUACCAACAUUUGUGUGUUGCCAUUAUUUUUAGUUUAAUUUUUUUGGAAAGAUUUUUUAAUAACAUUGUGUCAUUUAAUUUAAUGGCUUUUGUCACUGUCAUCUCAGCAUUAUAAAGGUAGCAUAGAAUAAUUUAAUUUAUAUAUUCUUAACUGUAAGAAAAGGGAUAUUGGUAGAAAUUAAAUGUUUAAAAAGCU